CCGGCUCCUGGGGAUCCCCCGAGGCUGCUCAUCCCAGCCCCACCCCCUCCAUGGUCCCGGCCCAGCCCACCCCAGCUCAGGCUGUCAGCCGGUGCAGGCUAAUACUAGCUGAUCCCUGCGUUCAGGGAAGGCGGACCUUGGGUCGGACCUGUCGCCCCCAACGCCCGGGCCUGAGUGUUCCCCCCGCCCACGCCUCCCGCCCGCCCGUCGCUACCACCCUUAGCUUCUCAGACUGAGCUCCGCGCUCCGGAGAGGAUUAAAACCCAGGGAGACAGGGGUCUCCUGUUAAGGAUUUGGCUGUGCCAGUGGUCAUCACGGUGGUGGCUACAGCCUUGGACACUCCUCACGUCAGAAGUCAGUGGGCAGGUUGACUGAGCGCUGGCAGUUUCCUAGCAUCAACAUGAAUCCCAGGGUCCCAGCUACUCAGAGCUGGUUCAGCAGCCACCCACCCACCACUGAGCCUGACUUGGAACCUGCCACUGAAGGGUCUACCACGGAGACCACCACCCUCAGCCCAGAAACCACAAGCUUCAAUGGCACCAGAAUCCCUGAUAUGGCAGGUGGUGCAGCUGGUGUGGGUACCAUGCUUCUGUCUUUUGGGAUCAUCACAGUGAUUGGCCUGGCUGUGGCCAUGGUUUUAUAUAUCAGGAAGAAGAAGAGGCUGGAGAAGCUACGCCACCAGCUCAUGCCUAUGUACAACUUUGACCCCACGGAGGAGCAAGAUGAAUUGGAGCAGGAACUCCUGGAACAUGGGCGAGAUGCAGCCUCCAUGCAAGCUGCUGCCUCCCUGCAGGCCACACAGGGCAAGAGCACCCUCCCUUCCCAAGGCCCACUGCAGAGGCCUAGCAGGCUGGUGUUUACUGAUGUGGCCAAUGCCAUCCAUGCGUGAGUGGCCUGGGCCUCUGACGAAGACACCCGCCACAGUGCCAGCAGCACCCGCUGCCCACUUCCUGACUGUCAAGAUCUAUCUCAGGACCUGAGCCAUCGCCACCACAGGACAGGAAAGGGCUGCAACAGACACCAGCUGUGUGAGGCUCCACCCACUGACUCAAGCUUGAAGAGAGACCUCUGACCAGGCUAGCCAUCUGGCCACUGACUUCUCCUGAACCGAUGGCCCGGCACGGAAGGCAGCCCUCGAGCAGGAAGGCGAAGAGCUUUCUGGCUUUCUGGUCUCCUGGCCAUACCCCUCGCAUCAAGGUCUGCUUCUCUGAUGGGAAGGAAGGGCACAAGCCUGAAGGGCAAGGGAGAAGAGAGGCAGACUCCCCUCUAUCUAGGAUUGCAUUUUUUUUUUUUUUUUGCCUGGGGCCUCCCCUAAGGUAGAGAGAGGCAAACCCCCAGAUGAUAAGGACAGGGCAGGGCAACACCUUUUGGAAAGGGUUCUUUGUUUUUUGAGACAGAGUCUUGGCUGGCCUGGAACUUGCGGUGUAGACCAGGCUGGUCUCCAACUCACAGAGAUCCACCUGCCUCCGCCUCCUGAGUGCUGGGAUGAAAGGCAUGCAGCACGACAUUCAGCUAGGGCAGCACCCUUUAUAAGCCAAGGAGACCCAGGGACAGAGCUAGAAAUGCCCAGUAGAUGCCAGGAAAAGGGCUACACAAACCCAGGGCUGUGCAUAGUUAGGAUAUUAUGGUGAGUGGGGGAGCCCAAAGUCUCCCAGCCACACAUCACUGGCAGCCAAGGUAGCUGAGGGAGAUGAAAAUGGGAGACUGGGUAUGGGAAGAUGCAAUUCCCUCAGGAUGUGGAGAAAGGCUUCAUGCAUGUGCAUGAAUGGGCUGCACACAGACAGACAUGUACCUGUCCCAGCAUAAGAGUCAGACAGAGGCUCUCUGCAUCGGCUCCACCUCGCAAGCUGACUCCCACCCCGUGGUAUGCAGUGGAGUAUCACCAUAGGCUGCUUCCUCUCCUUCAGUGCUCAGGGCUACACGGAAGAAGGAAGCAAGGCUGGGUUCCUCCAAACGCUGGCCUGACCCGCUUCCGGAAAUAGCUCCCUUCCAAUACGGGGUUCUGGGAGAGGCCUUUGGUCUACGGGCAGUCUAAGGCCAGAAGCUAGUAGGAAGAGUUAUGGUUGCCUGGAACGGAUUGUCCUUUGAGGAAAAGACCCAAGAAACCAAGUCUGGUUUUAGUUUUUCCCUUCUGCCCUAAAUGCAGGAAGGGGCAUUCGGUGUUCAUGGAAUGUGGAAGAGAGUCUUGGCUUUUGGUCUCCCUCUCCGUCUUGGAGGCGCGAGGCUCCUACCAGGGGCAUCUGGGCAGAGUGGAUCUCCAAAGACGGGGCAGUUUUCUACCCUGGGACUCCCACAUGAGCAUGCACAGAGGCGCUUCACCACCAUCGCUGUCCUCUGCUGGCUAGAGGGGAUGCGGGGGUGGCCCAUACGCCAUUGGGCAGAUACCACACAUCAAGAGGUGAGGGGCUAGGAGGAUCCCAUGGGGACGGCUCUGGUUUUAUGUCUGCCUCUAGAUGCUAUAAAUACGUUAGCACUUGAGCAACUGGAGGGCUGUGAGUAAUUUAGGAUGCACAAAGCUGUAAUUUAACUCACAGCAUCACCAUGUGUGAGAGCAUUAAAGAUGUAAUUAAGAUGUUUA